AUGUCAGAUAAAUUUCAAAGUUCAUCAAUAGGUUAUCAUUUAUUCUGUUCAAAUUGUGGUAUUCCAUUAGCACUUUUACCUGUUGACCAAACAACAAUAGAAAUAACAAUUAGCAAUCUUGAUCAUCCAGCAGAACUUUUACCUAUGAACCAAACUGACAUUGAAAGUCAAAUUAGCUGGACAAAGUCUUUGUCAGAAUUAUCAGCUAAGACUACGGUUGAGUCUGAUUCAAACUCGAUCAAUAUCAUCAAUUAUCAACAUUCUGAUCACGAUUAA